UGUCAGCGUUAGUUAAAGCUUUUUUUUCCUCUGCCACAGGUUUGUCAACAUGUCGUCUCAUUUGCAGUGGAUGGUCAUUAGGAACUGCUCCAGCUUCCUCAUCAAGAGGAACGGACAGACCUACAGCACCGAACCCAACAACCUGAAGUCAAAGAAUUCCUUCCGUUUCAAUGGGCUGGUACACAGGAAGACUGUGGGUGUUCAGCCUGCAGCUGACAACAAGGGUAUUGUUGUCGUGCUGAAGAAGCGUGCAGGCCAGCGCAAGCCUGCCACUUCAUAUGAGAAGAUCACGAUCAACAAGAACUCCCGUGCCACUUUGAGCAGCCUGAGGCACAUUAUCCGUAAGAACAACUACAGGAAGGACUUGCGCAUGUGCCAUCCUGAUGAGCCAGAAGCAUGUGGUUGUGAAGAAGAGACGUACCAAGGCUGCCAAAACUGCAUAGUUGUUGCAGAAUUAAGACAAAAUAAAAUGUUUCAAAAACUUUACCCUGUCUUCAAUCUUUUAUUUUUAAGAAUGAAGUCCAGUGCUGCAUGUUUCUUCAGGGCUGCUCGAUCUUUUUCCUGGAGAGUAUCCACCCUGUAGGUUUCCCCUGAUUCUAAUAAUCAGCUGGAUGAAAAGCUACAUACUUUUUGACAAAACAGGUUGGAGAGAACCAACUGGACGACAGCUCUCCAGGAACAGGAUUACACAGCUGUAGGGGGAGCUAUAACACCAGUGUUCUUCAUGGUUGGAAAUACAAUUUUACUUAAUUGUGCUAGAUAGACUAGCAUCUGAGGGUGUUAUAAAUUUGUUUGGGUUGACCUAAUUUAAGGAGUGAAGUAAAUUCCUUGGUUCUGUCCAUGAAGAAGCCUUUGUUAUGCAUUAAUUUGAGACAAAAGCAAUCCCACAGCCCAGGUCUGUUAACAACUUCAGUUCAACUAGAGCAUGUGACUGAAUAGGUUGGACCUAAUUAAAAAUCAAGUGGCCAUUCCCAUGUGUACUGUUAUUGAUUACUUAUAAAUAAAUGUUUUUGUAAUA